AGCUGUGCUUGGAUUUUCGAGUGAUUUUUCCUCAGUGCGGAAAAAUGCUACACAACGCAAUCUGACCCGUUCGGGUCGAUGCUACUAAUGCUGGAAACAUUGGUCUGAUGGUCUUUUUUGAGUUUGGAAUAAGCAGAAAAGUGAUUUUCGUCGUCGAAAAGUUCGAGUGCUAUUUUCCAAAGUGUGAAAAGUGUCCAUGAAAAGUUCGUGUUCGAAAGUGUGUUCGUGUGAAAUAGGGAGGAAAAAGAAGAUGCUUGUGAGAUGAAUGGCGGCCGAUAGUGACGGUGAUCAACAGAACAACAACAGCAGCAGCACGCUGAAGGCGGUUGUCAUUUGCGAGGGAAACCUCCAUGAUCCCGAUUUCCAAACGCGACUAGACUGUCUGGUCGCGAAACUUACCACGUUGGUCGAAGAGCCAGCAGAUAACGGACAGCUUAAGGUGGACAAGGUUGAACCAUGGAACAGCGUGCGUGUCACUUUGUCCAUUCCCAAGGAAGCGGCUGUGAAGUUACGCAAGCUCGCUGCCGAAGGAAACAGUGCCCUUCGAGCUCUCGGAAUACUGUCCGUGCAGCUAGAGGGCGACACCGUGUUAUCGCUCAGGCUGGUGGGACAGGAAAUUGUGUUGAGAACGGAUAAUUCCACCCCUGCGGGGCCAACUUCUGGCAGUGGUGCUUCAAGUGGCUUAGGAGAGUUGACUCGGAUACUCUCCCAACAACAACAACAACAACAGCAGCAGCACCAGCAACAGCAACAACAACAGCAACAGCAACCUACUCAGUUGCAACACGGGCAGCAACAAGCUUUGCCUCAAGAUGCCGUAGCGGGUCCUUCGAAAGCUACUCCUCCCAUGCAACCAAAGCCAUCGGUUGCGUCUGUUGCUCCAGUUGCCACAACGGCGGCACCAAUAGUCAAUGGUCCCAUUGCAGCGGAAAGCACUGUGUUCAAAUCACCCAACACAAUAUGCCCCAUGGAUGGCAAGUUGCCUGUGCAUGUGCCAAAUGUGGUGGAUAGCUGUGAAUAUCCCUUUGAAAGUAUGACUCAGGCUAGGGUUAUUCAACGGAGGGAAAAUACGCUCGGUAUGGUUCCCCCACCUGGUCCGAGCGGUGUUCCGAAACCACCCCUGGUAUCAUCUGGUGGUAGUCAUUUUGUAGCACCAAAUCCACCACCACCGCCUCCACCUUCAUACCAAGCGGCAGUUGCGGCUGUAAAAAGUGGCCCACCAACUGCGACAGGCUCGGCUGGAACAAGCACUACAGGAACGAUUGGGAACGUAGCAAUGACUAGUCCUUUGUUGGUGAAUUUGCUACAGAACGAAAGUGCUAUUCCGCAAAUAGGAGGACCAAAGACAGCGCCGAUUAUCAAACAAGAACUCAUAGCGGCCAGUGGGGCGGGGACAAGCGCAGUGAAAACUCCCGUUGUAACGGGAACUGCGCCGAAUUCUAGUGUAGUGAAUAUGAUCAAUGACAAUGAACUAAUUGUGAACAGCAGUAGUGGUCAAAAUCAGAAGACAUCGCGUAUUGCAACAAAUAGUAGUAACAAUCCAGUGAAUCCAGUGAUCAGUAACAGUGGUAGCGUCACAGUGACAGUCGCCCAUACGAUAUCCGCUGCUGUGACGUCAAAUAGUGUCACGAAUACACAACAGACAAUAUUAGUGAACAACAGCAACGCUGGUGUUGGGCCGAUGGCAACCGGAGCUGGAUCCGGACCAACGAUCAGUGCUAAUGCUAACACUAAUCUUAGCAUAACGACAAACAGUAGUAACAUAAACAAUACCGCUAGUAACAAUCAGAAUGUUUUAAAUGUGCCGCCUUCUCUAGUAACUCCACCAAUGUCAGUGCCUUCUUCACAUAAAAACGUUAGUGUGCAACAACAACAACAACAACCAAGAUUUAAUCUCGGCCCCAGUGGGGCUCCCGUAGUAAGGCCUUCCACUCAGCAAACCUUAAGACCGCAGGUGAUAGGAGUUGGAUUGGUACAACAACAGCAGCAACAAGAACUGCAUCGACCACCUCAUCAAUCGCAACAACAACAAACGCAUUCCCAGUUAAGCUUAAGUCGGUUUCCAAUCCAGCAACAGCAACAUAAUGCCCCCUUCAGACAGCCUCAGGCAGUGCAACCACAACUACAACAACAACCGUUCAAUCCUCGAUGGGCUGCCCCAAACCCUAUGGACUCUGCUACAAAAUCCAGCUACCAGGAAUUCACCCGAUAUCAGUUGCAGUACAAUCUUAGUCAACAACAACUGAAACACCCACAACAGGGUGCAUCAGCAACUGGCGGGGAUCUUCUAGGCCUUGGAGACCUUCCGGAUUUGGGGAAGAACGAUUUAGAUUCGCUCCUACCGGCGUUAAACUCUGCCGAUCUAGAGGGAGCUUUUCUGGAUGGGCUGGACCUUGAUCUCGAGCAAUCCCUUGCAGCCACAGGCGGGCUUCCGAAGCCGGAGCGAAGAUGGAAACAGCAGUUUCUGAUAAACCCUCUCACCGGUGAGCUAGAGGAAACCCAAGUGGAAGAAACGGAAGAAAAUGACGAGGACGCAUCGAAGAGUUUUCCGGAAUUUCAUUCGGAAUUGUCCAAUUCGUUGUACUCGGACGAUGACACGUCGUGUAGUACGGGCUUUUCAAAGUUCACCUCCGACAUUAGCGACACCGAGCGGUCCAACACAAUGGACGGAGCGGGUUCGAGUGGAUUUUCAAAUGCCGUUCCCGGGGCGGUCACUGCAGCAACGGUGGGAAAGCUAUCCAAAACGGGAAAGGUGAAAAAGGAUAAGCUGAAGGACGGAACCAAGGGCUCUGUAAAAAAUAAAGAGAAGAAGCCACGGGAGAAGAAAUCGUCUUCUUUGAAGCAGGUAAAGACGAAAGCAAAAAUUGUAGCCACGGAAAGUGGCGGUGAAUCUCCCGGUAGCCAGGAAAAGAUCAAGCUUAGAUUGAAGCUCGACAAGUCUGAAGCCAUCAGCGUAAGCUUGGUACAACCUCACCCGAUCAGCGGCGGUGUCGGUGGCAGUGGUUUGACCAGUAGUAAAAAAGUGCAAUCAUCACAAGUGCUAGGAGUGACUCCCGGAACGCUUAGCGGGAUGGGGAGUAUUUCCAAUCCGUCGGUGGUAAAUAUUGGUUUGACGUCACUGCAGGCGUCAUUAUCUACGAGUUCGCUCUCUUCUUCUUCCUCGUUGUCCGUACCUGUUGGCAAUGUCAUGCCACAACAGUUGCAGCAUCCAUUGUCACAGCAAGUUCUCGGUAGUACUUUCACUGGUACCAAUAACAGUGCCGGUAUCAGCACUGCCAGUUCGAGUCUUCAAACGCAAUCUCCCGCUGGCGAGGAGCUUCGAGUGCCCCCUUUACACAUCAGUUUACGAGGAAAAAACUCUGUGGUCAUAAAAAAUUCGAAAAAGGAUCGGAAAAAGAGUCAAAGCGGUGGUGAAGAGGAUAGUGAUGGGAAUAGUUUUCAGCUGAGUAGGAAAAGCUCCAUCAAACGAAGUAGUCAUUCCACGGACAGCCGACUAACGGUGGUAAUGACUAGCGAUGCAAGCAUUCGGUUAAAAGUCGAUGACGCUGCAUUGCCUGGGACGUCCGGACCUUCUUCGAUGCCAUCCUCACCGAAUCAUCACAACCACAAUAGUAUUGGUAACAGUGGAAGCAGUAACUCGCUGACUACGUCGAUAGCUGCUGUUGCCGGUCUCAAAGCUAAAUCGAAUAAAAUGGAAGAUCUGAAUCAGCCAUUGACGGCAAAUGACCUGUUGGUCCCGUUGGACCAGCAACAUAAACGUUCAGCGCCGGACUUAAUUCUGAGUCCCAAUGGAAUGAUGUGUCCUGAGAAAAAGCGACGUCUUAGCACUGGUUCUAGCACGAACCAGCAACAUACGGGCGCAACGGACGAGUCGAGCAUAAGUGCAAGUAAUAGUAGCAGUAGUAGUAGUAGUAGUGCAGCCACCAGUAUAAAUGAAAUCAAUGAAAUUUACGAGACACUGAUCUCGAACACCGUAAGUGGACCUAUUGGGUCGACAAACGUUGGCACGUUGCCACACUCAUCCCUGUUAGCAGCGGCAACGUCGUCAGCAAAAAACUUGAAGAGCUCCAGCACGAACAACAGUAUCAACAACAGCGCGUUUGGCAAAUGCAUUAGCAACAGUAAGAACUUGGUAAAGCCAGCGCAGUCGAGCCCAACGACGUCGUCCGUGUCAUCGCCUGGAGCUCUGGCUGCUGCACCGAAUACUAAGAGCUCGACGCAGUCCUCAACAAAACAACCAUCGUCAUCCCCUUCGUCAGAGACGGCAAAAAGUGGCAAACCGCCGGGAAAAGGUGAUUCCGACCUUGCCACAGGGGAUACCGAUGGGAAGGACAAUGAAAGUAACAAAACAAGCAGCAAUACAGCAACCACUACCUCAGGUUCAGAAGUGUCCAUCAAUCAGCGGAUAAACAACACCCAUCUACACCAUCACAAUCGUCCACCGGAAAAGCCUGGCGAUUCACCCGCUAAUACGUUAGAACAAUCCAUCAGUCAACAGCAACCUCCAACGAUAGCCAGUGCCAGUGGACAUUUACUGGCGCAAGGGGUACGUGGAUCACCCGGAUCUCAAGCACAAGGUGAAGACAGUGGAAUUGAGUCUAUGGAUGCUUUAUCGGAGAAAAGUCCCCAUCAGUUGUCGCAUAGUCCUCAAGGCAAUGAGCCAAACAAGCUGCUUCGGAUGGAUAGUCCCAAGGAUAAAGCGAUACCUGCAGUAGAAUCAAAAGAAUCAUCGAAAGAUGACUCCAGUGGCAAUAAUAACAACAACAGCCACUCAAAUUUGGACGAAUACAUCCAAAUCGAAGCGGAACUGGCAAAGAUGGAAGGCCUGAACGAUAUUGCAGCCACCGAAAGAACAGCCAAGCUGAACGGCGAUCAUUCGACUUUGAUGAAACCCAAGCAGCAGGAGUUGGACCUUUUAGAUCACAAUGCUUUGCUAAAGUAUGAUGGGGCGAAUCUUAGCAAAAUUCUGGACGACAUUGAAGACGAUGAGCUGGUAAUGUCGGAAGAACCUGCCACGAAAGGGAAAUGCAUUGAAGUGUCUUCCAGUGAAAAUUCAACUCUAAAGCAGCAGCAGGACUCGACAACCACGGUGGUCAAAGGAGAAGAGGCAGAAGACUGGCUUGCAAAUGCGGGAAAUCAGCAACCAACACAACAACAACAACAACAACAACAGCAGCAGCAGCAACAAAAAGGGGAAGCAAAUGUUAUACUCACUAGUAAUAGUAACAAUAAUCUGACGGACAAGGCCGAGAUCAAGCUGGAUACCAAGCAACUCGUGUUGGAUGAUUGUUGUAGCAAUAAGGAGGUGUUAAGUUUAAAAAGCGAAUGUGAUAGUAAAAUAGUUGAAUGUAAAGCUGUAAUUAAAAAUGAUCCCGAUGAGGCUAUCGUUAGUAGUAUAAAGCAAGAACAAACCUGUAACAAAAACAGCACUAAUAAUAGCAGUAACGGCAGCAGCAGCAGCACCAGCAGUAGUAGCAAUCCAUUGAAAGCGAAACCAGUGAUUACGACAGAAACGGAAGGUGAUAAACAUAAUCCGACGGUUAACGUUGCUGCAUCCGCUGAAAAGAAAGAUGUGAUAGCUGACGGUACAGUUGCUGUUGUUGAGCCAAAGCCACGACAUGAACAACCUCCGCUCUAUAGCUAUUCUAGCGAAAAGGCUCGCGAACGGCGAUCUGCUGCCAACAUCACCGCUUCCAAUUCUUCUACAUCGUCGGUGGUUGAGAUAAUAGACUUGGAUGAUUCCGGCAAGUCUAAUGAUCUGGAAGUUCCCCACCAGUCCGAACAGCAGCAGCAGGAGCAACAACAACAACAGUUACAACAAGAGAAUAAAGAAAUUCAUUCGCCGUUGUCGAUCGAUAUUCCUUUACAUCCGGAAUCGGCCGAACAUCGGAUAAGAACGCGAGCCUCCAGUAAGCUAGAAAGUCCGCUAGAGCCACCCAAGCAGAGUCCGUCUAUCGAUUCGCCGGCUGCUGAAAGGCUGAAAAAUACCUUGAAACACGCUGCAAUUGCUUCGAACAUACCAACACCAACCGCUGCCGCCAGUGGAGAUCGGCUAAGUCCAAAAACCCUACCGAAAACUGGUAAACGGAAACGUCAAGGAUCGGAAAGUUCGACCCAGUCCUGUGUCAGUGAUGACAUUCUUCCGAGUCGGACGAAGAAACCUCGAAAAGCGGCAGCUGCUGUAGUGGCUGCCGUGGCGAGUACUGAACGACAGAAGAAAACCGUUGCUAUUCGUAGUGCACAGCAAAGAAGAACAGUAACAGAAACACCCUCUUUGCAUGUGCAAAGUACGCCAACUGCACCAGCUUCGACGGUAGAAGAUUCAUCGGAUAGUGAUGAACCUUUGAUAGAGAUAGCGGGUAAAUUUCGUAAUACUAAACUAACUAAACCAAGUUCUUCUUCUACUACCACUUCUUCUACCACUUGUACUACUACUUCGACUACAACAUCAUCAUCAACCUACUCCUCAUCCUCCCCCACAACAGGUGCCAGUUCGGGAUCUUCGUCUACGACAGCGUCAGCGUCGAACGAAAAAGAAAAGACCCUUCGCAAUCAUAAGGCGUCGACGGGAGCAAAAACAAGUGGCACUUCGCAGAACUCAUCGUCGUCAUCGUCGACCAAUAGCGUUAGCUCGGGGGUUACAGCGGCGAAUGCUGCCGUCUCUCACAAACUAAAUGCUCAUUCCGGUAGAUCUGUACAUAAUGCGUUGUCGUCGCCAUCGGUUUCAGCGACGGCAGCAUCCCCGGGUACGAAUACUAUCUCAACAUGCGACGACAAAAUUAGCACUCGUAGAAGUGUUCGGAUGACGACGUCUACUCUGUCGACAGCUGCCAUGAACAGCAAAGCAAAAGCGCACUCUAAUCCAAAUUCUUUGACCGCAACCGGUGCAAUCGCGGACAAUCUUCGUGAUUCAGCGCAUCACCAUGCUGGUGCAUUGCACCCCAAGAAUAACCAUGCAAAUCAUCAGCACUCGUCGUCGCCUGGCGGUACUGCGAAAGGAUCUGCACCGGUGUUGGACGGCAAGAUUGCCGGAGCAGGUGUCAAUAGUGUGACGUCGGUGACCAGUGACGCUCCCCCUACUCCAGCGACGGAGGUACGACGGAAAACCAGGAGUGCGGGACUGGACACUACCACCGAAGGACGCCGGAGACGGGUAUCCCGCGACAGUAAGUGACCAAUCGCUUGCGCCUCAGCCGAGAGUAAUUGUA